GUCAGCUCCCAAGAACAGGUGACUAAUAAAGCUUUGGCGUUGGAAACAAUGUGCGUCCAUCUUGAAGACAGUCUCCAGUUCCUGUAGCUUAUAAGUUGAAGAUGCGCUAUUGCUAGCUUUAUGAUCUUUGUUUACAAUCUUUCUUAGCAAUGAAACGACUGUAUUUGAAGUCUUACUGAAAUGUUGUCCGACAAUGACAUUGUUGGACUAAGUAACGUUACUUGGCAUACACUGCAAAUUCCAUACCGAGAAUUUAACACUCACUGUUUGUUUUAUUUGUAAACAUUCACUUGUUAGCCUAGCUUGGACUUAUGGCAUUUGCUCCCGCCGUAUGGUUAGCUGCUCAAGCGGAAAUUUACGAAGAUGACGAAGAGACCGAGUCAAACACCUUCCCGGAGCCACAGAAAAGAUACUUGGACGAUUACGACGAUGAUUCCUUAUUCGACAGGUUCCAUUUAACUAGACCAUGUAUUACGUUCAUCACGGAUUGUGUCAGGCUCCGUAUGAAAGCCACGCGCGAGCAAAUUAAUGGACCCUGUGUCGACGAAAUUGUGAUAGCGGCACUGGACUACUAUGCAAACGGCAUUCUAUCCAGCAAAGUCGUAGAUUUGAUUCAAAUGGACCACCAGGAAAUUCACGAAGUAAUAAACAAAGUUUCAAAAGUGUUGUCAGGAAUGGUUAAGGAGUUUAUUACUUUCCCGGCGAAUGGUGAGGAACGAGCAAAUGUGGCACACGAGAUAAAGAAAAUAUGCGGAAUCCCGACCUCCGUGGGAUUGGUAGGAUGCAUGCAUGUCAAGGUGAGGCCCCCUCAACACGACAAGGAUGCCUUUCGGAACACCAUGGAUAACCACACCGUCAUGACCCAAGUUAUUUGCGACUGUGAAGGGAAUUUCAUGAGUGUCGAAAACUGCUGUGUUGGCAGCACACCAGAGCAAACCAUUUGGGAUUCGUCGGAAAUUGCCCUACAACUUAAGCGUGGAGUACAUGGAACGAACUGGAUAAUUGCUUUUUUGGAAAGGAAAGAAAAAGCCGGCAAAGGCUACACGUUAAGCAGGCACCUCCUUACGGCCGUUUCGCCGGUCAGGGAGAAGGCAGAUCGUCGUUUCAACGCGGCCCACAGCAUGAUCUACUCAGUCUUCCAGCGUACCAUCACAUCAUUGAAGAGGCGCUUCAGGUGCCUGGCCAACUUGGGUCACGUGCAGCAGAACAGUCUGGACAAGAAGGCAGAGAUCAUCAAGGCCUGCUGCGUCCUGCAUAACAUCGCCAAGAAGUUCUCUGUGCCGGCCCUCGGUGACAUCACGCUGGAGCCCAUCCACCCCGCCAACAAUCACCAGGUGCCGGUGGUGGAGGUGCCAAGCUACGCGGAGAAGGCCAGGGCGGCCAUUAUCGGCAUUUAUUUCUCCCAUUCCUCUGGGAAUGACAGCGUUUCAGACUGAUGCGGGUGAGAACGUUUCAAUGAAACAACCGGACGGUUUAGGGGUAAUCAGAGGAAGUAUGGACGUUGUCUUUUAUUCAGCCUGUUUUGUUGUGGAAAAUUGAUUAUAUUUUUUUAUGCUUUAUGAUACAUUCAUUUUAAGGAAUUUCUUUUAUAUAAAUGGUCAGUAUGCAAAUUCUUGAUGAAUUAAGUGGAUACGCUCUGAAAUGAGCUUAUUGAAAACACACAGCGAUGUUAAUUUUAAAACCUUGAUGGAAAAAAAUAAAUUACCUCAAUUACA